UGUUAAUUAAGUAAAAUGCAGUUAAAUAAUUAAAUGGAUGCGAUAUUCUAGCAAGAAAAGGAAUAAAUUUUAUAAGAUUUUGAAGCUAAACUUCGUCGAUAACAAUUACAAGUUCAAAGCAAAUAAUAUUAAGAUGGAAGUGAGUAUUUAGGUGAACUCAAUAAUGAGCUCAGAUGGGGUUUAGGAGUAUACUAUUAUUUCACAGGAGAUGUAUAUGCAGGAUAAUGGGCUAAUGAUUUAUUUGAUGGUGAUGGGACAUAUAUAUUUGCAAGUGGAGAAAGAUAUUAAGGUUAAUUGAAAGAGGGUAAAAAACAUGGUUUUGGUACCUAUUACUAUUUGAAUGGAAAUAGUUAUACUGGUAAUUGGGCCAACGAUAAGAAGUAGGGAAGGGGAGUAUAUGUAUACGCAUAAACCAAUGAGAAAUAUGAUGGGGAAUGGAAUAAUGGUUUGAGAUAAGGUUAUGGAACUUUUUAAUAUUAAUGUGGAGUAUAUGAAGGAGAAUUCAAUAAUAAUUUAAAAGAAGGCAAAGGAGUCUUAAAGUAUAAAAGCGGAGCACUUUUAGAUGGAGAAUGGAAGAAGGAUAAAGUAGAAGGAGAAGCUAAAUUGACUUUACCAAAUGGUGAUUAUUAUAAAGGAACUUGGGUUGGAAGUCAUAUGAAUGGAUUUGGUAGAUACUAAUAUUAAAGUGGAGGAUAUUAUGAAGGUUGGUGGAAAUAGGAUUAAUUUCAUGGAGAAGGUAUGUUGACUUAUGAAAAUGGAGAUAUAUAUAGAGGAGAGUUUUAAAAUGGUCUAAAACAUGGAAAAGGAAUAUAUUUACAUUAAAAUGGUGAUCAAUAUGAAGGAGAGUUUAAAAAUGAUAUGAGAGAAGGAACAGGAGUACUUAGGAUGAAAAAUGGAGAUAGAUAUGAAGGAGAAUGGUCAAGUUCUUUAAAGGAUGGAAAAGGAGUUUACUAUUUUGCUAAUGGAGAUAGAUUUGAAGUAUAUUAUUCUCUAUAAAAUUUUAGGGAACCUUUGUAGGAGGAAAAAGAUCUGGCCAUGGAAUUAUGUAUUGGUCAGAAAAAUCAUCUGUUAGUGGUUUUUGGGUAGAUGAUAUAAUGAAUGGUUAAGGAAUUAUAAUCAAAGAAAAUGGAGAUAAAAUGUAAGUCUAAUUCAAAAACAAUAAAUUAGUUGCAUGA